CAAAAUCGCUUACAGCAGUUUUUCCCUCCCAAUCCAGUUCGCUCUUGCAUCAAUAGAAAAGAAUAGUUUAAAUUUCGUGAAAUGGGGCCAAAGGGCGUCUUUAUCUAAACGAUGAGACAUGCCAGUGGAGUUCUGGUAGUGCUCGGUAUAAAAAGGAGCAUGUGGAGGAAGCGUGUGUACGGUGGUUCCUUGUUCGCCUAAUGACGCUACCCCUUGUGCGCUGGCUUGGUUUGGUUUGAUAGCACGACGCCAUCUUUGAAGAAGUACAAUCGCUGAAAAAUGCGCUGAUCGAAACCACCAGCAUAACUUUCUGUGUGAACAAAUCUUAGCUGUGACCUGUAGUGCAAUAUUGUUGGUGUUUUACUUUAAAAACUGUGUUUGUGUAGCGGUAGGAAAUUCCUGCAUCGGACCCUGCAGACGGUCGGCGUAUUUGGCGCUGCGAGAGUGACGCACUCCAACCUCAAACAGCGGUCACUCCUGCCGAACAAUUAGAAGCUCCAAUUUCGGGGAAGACAAGGAAGGCCAGCGUGACCCAAGCUACCCACCCUCCGUGAGGGGGACCAAAAUGACGAACAUACAGAAUAUGCCGGCGCAGCAGUUUUCGCUGCGGUGGAAUAAUUAUACGCACUACAUAGCCACUGCGUUCGAUGCCCUGCGGUACGAAGAGGACUUCGUCGAUGUGACGCUGUGCUGCGAGGGUCGCAAAAUACGUGCCCACAAGAUGUUGCUGUCCGCCUGCAGCCCUUACUUUAAGGAUGUGUUCAAGGAGAAUCCCUGCCAACAUCCAGUCAUUAUCUUCAAGAACGUGCGCUACACCGACCUAAUGUCAAUCGUCGAAUUUAUGUACCAGGGAGAGGUGAGCAUUGGGCAGGAUCAGUUGCCUUCGUUUCUGCACACUGCCGAAAUGCUGGCUAUACGUGGUCUCACGGACAAUUCGAGCGACACCCGACAAACGCAGCAGGCGGGUACGGUGGGAUCGUCCAGUUCGAUAGCUCAGCAGCUCCUGCAGACGCAGCCCACGAACGUGCUGGAGAAGUCGCUUGCUACGGGCGAGUCAAUAUACCUAACCCUUCCCUCAAACUCUACCAUCGUCCAUCAACCUAAGCUGGUACAAGCGCAAUUACAGACUACGCCCAUUAUCAGCAAGGCCAUAGUCAAGACAGUCCCGCCAGAGAUGCCAGCAUUGACACCCAGCACAUCCUCGAUAUCCGUUCCACUGACGCAACAGACGCAGCAGGCAACGCUCACCAAAAUACAGGUACAAACAUCGCAACAACACCAGCAGCAGGCCCAAACACAGCAACAACCGCAGCAAGUACAGGUACAAGUACAACAGCUCCCCCAAGUUAUCCAGCAAUCACAACAGCAAACACAACAGCUGCAAGUCCAGACUCAACAACAAUCUCAACAACAGACGGUACAAACAACGCAGGCUACUACAUUGCAAGAUGUUGUCGAUAGUGUCGUGCAGAAUAAAAAGAAAAAGUUUAAGCUACAACAGAUAGUAACAACGUCACAGCCAGCUAGUACCGUCACGGUGCCAGCUACGACGACGGUCACUAUGACAGCUACCCCGACGGGUCCGUCGACCAGCGAUGGCGAAAUAUAUGAACAGGAAACCUACACGUUAACUGACGUCAAAGUUGUACAGGCCAGCCAACAAAACACGCAGGAGCACCGACAAAUGCAACAGGAGGACCAGCAAGUUACAGUCGAAACUUACGCGGAAGCGGCUCAACAAUCGGGUUCUUCGAUGAAGAUUGAAAUGCCGGAAUUUAUCGGUGUCGAUGAGGCGAUGGCUAGCAGCGCUGGAAAUAACAACGCAUUCAUGCAAGAGAGCUAUCAGUUGGUUGCGGAAAAUAUCGAAGAGAAGGAAGAGGAUGAGGAUAUGGCACAAGACAACAUUGAAAUCGAAGGCUCGGAUAUGGAUAUGAGUCGUAUAUUCCAGAGUUCAUCCGAGGAACCAUCGAAGUCCAAUCUCUUACAAGUUUCUAUGGAUACUAUAGGGUUGGGCAAUCAAAAUAAGCUUUACAAGUGUCCAGAAUGCCGACGCUCCUUCUGUUCCACCAAUGCCAUGAAACGCCACCAACAAGCCAAGCACUCGAGUACCCAGACAUCAUUUAUGUGCGCAUUUUGCGAAGCACGCUUUAAAACGAAAUGGUCCCUUUCGACACACAAAUCGAAGUACCAUCGUGGACAAAGUACCACUAUUAUCAUUCGUACAAACGAACAGGAUUCGGCGGGCACUGGUACAAAGGACACUGACGACGGUGCGGUCAAAUCCAAAGGGGAAGAGUCUAGUACGAUAGCGCAGGAGACGCGAAAGCGCACCGCAUCCGGUGGAAUGGUAACGCGCGUCAAAUCGCAGGUUAUCGUUGAUGCGGAAAAUUCUUAGAGGUUGAUUCGCUCGACAAGCUGACAAACUACCGCCUACCAUAAUUGUACAGACAUGCUGAAGAUAUGCACAUAAGCAAUUUAAAUCUGCGCCCUAGAAAUCAUGUGCAUAUUUCUAUUUCAUUCUUGGGACCGUUACAAAUGAGAAUAGUAGACUUUAAAGGUAUUAAGGGUAGACAUAUUUAGAUUCGAUAGGUUUAUGCUGAUUAUGAACUGAUUCCAUUUCCAUCUCAAACGUAUAUUCUGAAACGCGCACAAAUUCUUUUUUUCCAUUUACCUUUUUGAAUGUGACGUUAUUUUCUUUUCACUGUCUAUUUCACGAGCGAACUAUUUGCACUCAUCUAAACUUUUCCUCACGAAAAUUUACGCCAAUUUCAGGCUGCACCAAAUAAUAUAUUUUAAUUUUAAGUGAAAAACAAUAGCAAAUUGAUAACAAAAAAGAGAUGCACAUCCUUUACAAUCCCGAUCGAUUCAUAGUUUAAUGGCAUUUCAAAGAAAUGGUUCAUAUCCUACAAAUGUAAGUCCUUUACAAUGAAGAUCGAUUUAUAGUUUAAUUUUAGGGAAAAAGUUAUAAUCGCAUAAGGACAGCUAGAAUGAGUAUUUCUAAAGGCCAUUUUGAUGCGCUGUAGAUGGGUAAUGCGAACCGUACAGACAUAUUUUAAACUAAAUUCUUUGUUGCCUCUCAACUUCUGUAUCUACAGGAUUUCGUAAGUGUUUUAAUUAUGUUUCUUUAAAAAGAAUAGCAGAUCCUAUGUUUUAGACAUCUAUUCAUAGUAAAGAUAGAGCCAUAUUAUAACAAAGCCAAGAAGAUCAGUAGUUUAUUGUACUCAUUUGUCUCGGUCUCGAGCUCCCAUCUUCCCCUAUGGUUUUCUUCCUCUUUCCAAUAUUGUACAGAAUCAAUGUUCUUGUGUGUUGCGUGUUGUGGUGCCUAUUAUAGGACCUUCAAUCUCGAUCCAAAAAGGAUACCUAAAAUGAUAUCUGAUGAUAUGGGAUAUGGAGAAAUGGCUUCUCUUAUUCACAAAUGUACAUAAUGAGUAGGAUUUAAUAUAUAAUACUUCGGCACAGAUGACAUAGGCGAUCGUAAUUAUAAUCUAUAUCGUUUUGUACAAUAAUACAAAAAACAUAGAAUAAUACAUUUUGCAUCCUACAUCAAUUAAGAGAGCAAGACGUUAAAUAGAUUUUUAUAUCGCCAUUGCUUCAUGCAGUGGUCUACAAAAAGAAUGACGAUUUAACAUUUAGGAACAUUUAUGUAAGAAAAACAUGAUGUAUGCUACAAAUAAAUCUAGUGUUGUCACAGACUCUUUAUGGCUGUUUCGAAAUCUUCAUUAGCCAAUUAG